UCAAUCUUACCACCUUACUUACCUUCUCAAUCCAAUUGUCGUUCAUAAUUUCCCUCUCAACCAAACUCAUCUUUUUUCUUUCUCUUUUCUCUUCUUCUUCUUCUUCUUCCAUUUUUCACCACAGCUUUUACUUAACCAAAACCACAUCACAUUCAGUUUUUUUGCCUCACUUUCAUAUAUUCAGAUCCUUUCACCUUUAUUUAGCACCAACCCUUUAUUUCUUUCUUGCUAAUUAAGCCAAAUGACUCGCCUUUUUCGAUCCAAAUCUUGUGGUGUAGCAGGUUUCACCAUCUCAGAAUUCAACACUGUUGCACAACAAGGAAAGAAGAAAGAAGAAGAAGAAGAAGAAUUGGAAAGUGAUGAUGACAAUGAUGAUAAUGAUGAUGAGGAGGAGGAGGAGAUGGAGGAAGAGAAGUACUCAAGCAACAAUGUUUCGAGGCAUUUCACGAAAGGAUCCAACAACAAUCAUCAAAACCAGUUUGCAAUAUUGGAUAUUGUUGUUGCUGCUCUUAAGAAAUCGAUUGUUACUUGCAGUGUGGAAAGAGAGGAUGUUUCUUCUUUAGAUAUCAGCUGGCCAACAGAAGUUAGACACGUGUCACAUGUUACUUUUGAUAGGUUCAAUGGUUUCCUUGGUUUGCCUUCUGAGUUUCAACCUGAGGUUCCUACAAGGGUGCCUAGCGCAAGUGUGAAGGUAUUUGGAGUUUCUGCUAAGUCAAUGCAAUGUUCUUAUGAUGAUAGAGGGAAUAGUGUUCCAACAAUUCUGCUUAGGAUGCAAAAGCAAUUGUAUUCUGAAGGAGGUCUUCAAGCAGAAGGAAUAUUUCGAAUUACUGGUGAGAAUAGCCAAGAAGCGUUCGUUCGAGAUCAGUUAAACAAAGGUGUAGUUCCAAACGGAAUCGACGUUCAUUGUUUAUCCGGCUUGAUCAAGGCUUGGUUUCGAGAGCUUCCAACUGGUGUACUCGAUUCUCUCACACCGGAGCAAGUGAUGCUAUGCAACACAGAAGAUGAUUGUACUAACCUUGUCAAAUUGCUUCCUUCCACAGAAGCUGCACUUCUUGAUUGGGCGAUCAAUUUGAUGGCUGAUGUUGUUGAGUAUGAACAGAUCAAUAAGAUGAAUGCGCGCAAUGUAGCUAUGGUUUUUGCGCCCAAUAUGACUCAGAUGGCAGACCCUUUAACUGCAUUGAUUCAUGCGGUACAAGUUAUGAACUUCUUAAAGACAUUGAUAUUGAAGACACUUCGAGAACGAGACGAAUCGAUUUCUAAUGCAAGAUUGCUUUCAAAUAGCAUGGAUUUCACCUCCUGCAAAGACGAAUUUCCUCCUUUCAACUUCAACCGCGAGGAGUCAUCGUGUGAACUAACCGAGGACGAUUGUGACAAAAAGGCAUCAACUACCAAAAGAAAAUUCUCAAGGACUUCUACCUUAGGAAGAAUAGAAUGGAGCGUAGAGAAACUCCGAAGCUCCGAGGAAAAGAGAAAUCGAGACGAGGUAUUUAAGUCUUUCUCAGCCGAUAGCGCGACUUCUACAUUUGACAGUGGUCCGUUAGAAAAUAGUUAUAGUUACCGACGUAGAUACGACAGCGAACAUUGGCUGCGAUUGAGAAACGGCGUGCGCAAGUUAUGCAGGCACCCGGUAUUUCAAUUGAGCAGGCCAUUUAAGAAGUCGGCGAGUCUUGGCAUUGUAAAUACUAGGGACGGAGGAGGAGAAGCUUGGGCUUGAAGUUGCAUGUUUACAAGGUUUUAAUUCCUAACAUCACUGUGACUAUAAUUGCAGCCGCGACGGCUGUAUUUAGUCUUAGUUUCGCGUAAUGUUAAGAAUUGUAGCUCAACCGCGGUCGAUGUUUAAGCAUGCAUUAUAGCAUUAUAGAUGUGUAUGUGUGUGAAGAUGUACUUAGUAUAAGCAUAGUUUCAGUGUAACAUCUGCUUGAUGUUUUUAGAAGAAUGUAAGUUUAUGAGAUAUUUGAAAAUGUUAACAAAUGUUUUUGCAAA